AUGCCAGGCCCGGCGUCUCUGUCGCUGUUCUUGACCAACCUCAAGCUCCUGGAUCUCGACCAGCUCCCCGACUGGCCUGACAUUACAGCCGAGACAUUUGCCGCCUCCGGAACCACCUUGCAGGACCAGAAGAGGCGAGUACAGUGCGUAGAAUGGGCCUUGUAUCAGCUGUUUGUCAUCUGGGAUCCCGAAGAGGCAGCGAAUAAGCUGAAGCCUUUCUACCCACCUGCCGACCAGCUCCAGUCUGUCAACCUCCGCGCCGCGCUCGUCAGAGCCCUCGAGCAAGCCAAGAAAAAUGGCGACCUCGGCCGGGACACCAUCAUCCGCAAGACGAUGCUGGACGAGUGCAAGGGCGAGAGGCUGGAGGAGGUCCUGGCCUUCUUUUCCACCGCCGUCCUGAAAAAGGUCGUUUCUGACAGCCUUGCCGCCAGUCGUGGCUAUGUGACCCCCGUCGUUGAGCUGGCCUUUGAGAACAAGGGCUACAAGAGCGAAAAGUCGCAUCUGAUUGCCCUCUCCAUGGCCCACAAGGCUUCCAUCCGACAGCUCUUGCAGCGCAAGGAGGCUGCUCGAGCUCGCUUCCAGGGGUUUGCCAAAGUUCUCGACGAUAAGGAAGAUGAUAUCAUCCGUAGACGAGAGGCCCUUGAGAUCAAGGAGAUGGAUGGCGGCGGUCAGGCCGUCUCUGACAACGCCAGAGCCGAGAUGCGACGGACUGUGCGCCACAACUGGUCGGGCAGCGAAGCCUGGAUGGAGGCUCUCUUAUGCGGAGACGCAAAGCAUGGCGGCCUGCUGGCUACCAAGUUCGACAGAGUCUGGAGACGAGCCCAGCAGGGCCGGCUGGACGAGCUGGACACGGACGACGUUGGACUCUUGGAGCAGCUGGACAGCAGGGUCAAGAUGCAGAGGGACAGGCUCCGCAAGUGGGAUGCUUUCCGCAGGAGCACAUUCGGCGAGACGAGGUCCACGCCGACCAAGCCCAGGACAUCUGCUGCCAAGACAAAGGGCAUCGACCUCGGCUUCUCUGCUCACUUGGACUUGCAUACCGGCAUAAGAGUCAAGCCGACCAGAGUUGCACUGUUCCAGCAUGCGCCCCAGAUGACGGACGAUUAUGCCGCGCUGGUCUCGGAUCUGAAAUACGAGCUGGGAAAGAUCACCACUAAGGAGGUCGACAUUGCGCCUCUAAUCAGGAAGCGAACCCCUAAAAACUUUCCUGGACGGAGCACCUACGACUUGACGCAGCUCGACGACUCGCCGCUCGCCGCUCCUCCUUCUCUUUCCCCACAGCGCAAGCCUUCGGGAUACCAUACGCCGACACGUCGUCGGUCACCAGAGGCACCGAAACCAGCUGCAAGGCAAAAGGCGCUCUACAGCCCGCCGCGGGUAUCCCCUACGAAGGAAUCUGCGGCCGGGGCAGAUGACAUGAAAGGCACGACUCCGUCGCCCGUGAAGCGCACCAAGCCUCGACACACUUUGUCCUUGGCUGAGCGGACUCGGCUCUCGAUGAGCCGGAAGAAAUCCCUAUGCUUCGAAGACGAAGAGCUUGAUCCGCCCACCCCCAUCACGCCUUCUACCAUGCCUACGAUUACAGCUGUGAACCCGGAUUAUUCAGAGGACCUUGCUAGUCGGACUCGUCGAAGCAUGGCCGGGUUUGAAAAGGCCCAGCAAAAGGCCCAGAUGGAGCGGCGUAGGAGCCUGAGAAGGGCCAAGGUGCCCCCGCGAAAGGAAGGUAGCUACUUCCCAAGGGUGGACGAGGAUCUCAGCGAGACGACUCAGCUGUUGGAGCAGCUGGCUGAGGAAUCGGAUGUUGAGGCUGUCUUUCGAUCGCGACCCAAGAUUGGCCAGAGCCUGCAGCCGAGUCCUACGAGGGAUGAUUGGGCCGCUAUCCCGGCCUACAAUGGUCAAUUGAUCCUAGCCUCGCACCUUGCAUAUCGCCAUUCCCAAACUUCCGACUUUUCUCCCAAAAAGCUGCGAACAAGCAAAGCUGGACAGCCUCAGCAGAGAAGAAACUCGAGACAAAGGCACUGUCUGCGUGCUGAUGCCCUGCAGAAUCAAUCUGGUCUGCCGUCGCGUCUCAAUGCAAGCCGAGAACCCUGCACUCUGAGGCUGCGACUGGAGAUUCAUCGACAGCCCCGAGGGCGAUAUAGAUCGGCUAACGGAGCUUCAGCACCGCACAUUCCCUAUGGCGCGCCUCCAGGCUAUGGCUAUCCGGGCGCGGCGCCUGGCUUGGCUGCUCCUCCUGGCUUAGGUGAGCAUCUCUCUCUUCCCCUUCCUCUUGGACCCCCUUCGAUGAUGCUGACUCCAGGCCCCUCAGGUCCUCCUCCAGGCAUGUCUCCCGCUCCGGGAAUGGCCCCUCCGCCGGGCAUCCAGCAAGCCAACGUGCCUCAAGCUAAUCGUCCAAGUGGUCUGCCACCUGCAUUCCAAGCGCCGACCAACAUGCCCAACAUCAACUUCAAUGCCCCCGUUAUUCGCCUGGGCACUGGAGCCUCGGGUGGUGGCGGCAGAUCCGACGACCGACCUUCACAAUCAGGAGGAAGAGCUGGGCUCGGCAUGGAGAGGGGUUCAGAGCAAGGCCGAAUGGCGGCGCGAGAGAGCAUGCAGACGCUGCUCCCACCGACGAACGACGAGAAGCUGCGUACCAUUUUCCUACACCAACUACCCGAGGGAAUAGGCGGUGAUGAGGGCACGAAGAAGCUACUUGGAGCAGUUGGCAGGCUUAAGCGCUGGGACGCCUUCGACAGCGUGUCAGAGGAACGGAAGGGAACCAAGUUUGGCUUCGCCUUGUUCGAGGACAUUGAUUCGCGGAUAGAGCAAGCCCGUGAGGCCCUCAAACUGGUUAUCCGAGAGCUAUUCCGCCCACCUGUUGUCGAGACUGCUGACGCCAACGGCGACGUCGCGAUGGGAAAUGCGGUGGAUACGGAGGAGAAUGUGGAGGUGGUCAACAUACCCCUGGCUCAAGAGGACGAGCUGGCAGAUAUCCCGCCCGACAUGAGGGAGGUCGUGGCGGGUGAAAUUGCCGCUUUCCGUGAGCGAAGCAAUCAGCGCGAUAUGGAGCGCUUGCAGCGAGAGGAGGAACUCGAGGAAAGCGAACGACGACGAAACGGCCCAGGCCGAUCAAGACUGGCCUCGCCGCCGAGGAACUCGAACAAUGUGCCACUGGGACCUCGAGGCGUUUCCGUGCCCAACGCGCCGGCCGGACCCAAGGGCCAGAACGGGCCGAACCGAGGAGUGUCCUUUGUUAACGGAGGGGUCAACAAUGCAGACGGUACGCUGAGACGGGAGGAUGAGGACACAGAUGCCAGUGACGAGGAGCUCUGGAGGAGACGCGAGGCUGAGCGCAAGGCUGAAGAGGACAAGAUGUAUGCCGAAGCCGAGCGCAAAUGGGUCAACAGAGAACGCUCAAGACAGGCGGCCUUGGAGCGAGAGCGGGAACGGGAAAGGCAUGACCAGGAGAACUUUGAACGCAGAAAACAGGAGCAGCUGGAUCGAGAAGUGGGAUGGGAUGACGACCGAGAGGCCGCGCGUAAGACGCACAUCUACUACCGAGACCACGCCGCCUGGGCCAGGAAACGAACGGCUGAACGGAUUGAGGAGGAGGCGCGUGACGAAGCCGACCGGCAGGCCGAGAGGAUUGAGCAAAGCCGCGAGCAGGCCCGGCUGGAGCAGGCGCGUGGCAUGGCGGAUUCAUUCCUGGACCAGCAAGCUCAGGAAAUGGAGCAGCGCGAAGCUGCCGCCGCUGCCGCGGCGCCUCAGCCAUUCAAGCUGUCACUCGGCGCAGCCGUACAACGAGCACAGGCCUCACGAGCGGCACCGCAGCGACGCACGAUUGCCGAAGUGGAGGGUCUGCUGGACGACGAGGAGGUCGAAUCUACAAAGCGACAGCUCGUCCCUAUCCAGAUGGACGCCUCUUCUGGUGCUGCUGGCAUGACGGAGGAGGAAAUCUCGCAGGCCGUGCGCGCAUUGGCGCAGGAGAUUCCGUCGGAGAAGGAAGGUCUCUGGGCGUGGGAAGUCAAGUGGGAGUUUAUGGAUGACGCGGUGGUGCGCGACAAGCUGCGGCCGUUUGUGGAGAAGAAGAUUGUCGAGUAUCUGGGUGUGCAGGAGGAGAUGCUGGUGGAGGCCGUUGAGGAGCAUCUGCGGAAGCAUGGCACGGCUGGCGAAUUGGUGGAGGAGCUCGAAGGAGCGUUGGAUGACGAAGCAGAGGAUCUGGUCAAGAAGCUGUGGCGUAUGCUCAUCUUCUUUACCGAGAGCGAGAAGCGAGGCUUGCCAGCUUAA